ACAAGUAAAAAUUCUAUGGGCAUUUUCACUCUCAGGACUUGCACAGAGAGAGAGGGAGAGAGCAAAAGCCAUGGCGUGCAAGCUUGGAACCUCUUCGACUGCAAAUUUUGUUCCUUCGUUCUCUUCUUCCACGUCUAAGCGAUCCUUCUCCUCGGUUACGUUAUGCCCAACUGGAGACAAAACUUGCGGAAGAUUCUAUGGAGGAAUUGCGAUCAACUCGGGAAUCAAAAGGAUGGAUCGAUUUCGUGUUGCAGUUUCUAGUUUCGCCACCGAAGUGAAAAGGGUUGAUCAACAGCAAAAGCUACCAGCAAUGGAGAGCCAGAGGCCGGUGUAUCCAUUCUCUGCCAUUGUUGGGCAAGAGGAGAUGAAACUAUGCCUAUUGUUAAACGUGAUUGACCCGAAGAUCGGAGGUGUCAUGAUCAUGGGCGACAGAGGGACCGGAAAAUCGACAACUGUAAGAUCCCUCGUCGAUCUCCUACCCGAGAUCAAGGUCAUUGCCGGUGAUCCUUACAACUCAGAUCCCGAUGACCCGGAAUCAAUGGGUAUGGAAGUCAGAGAAAAGCUCAUGAGAGGUGAAAAGCUUCCAAUGGCGAUGACCAAGAUCAAUAUGGUUGAUUUGCCAUUAGGUGCAACUGAAGAUAGGGUGUGUGGAACGAUUGAUAUCGAAAAAGCCAUGACUGAGGGUGUCAAAGCAUUUGAGCCAGGGCUUCUCGCCAAAGCAAACAGAGGGAUACUCUACAUUGAUGAAGUGAAUCUCUUGGAAGAUCAUUUGGUCGAUGUGCUUUUAGAUUCCGCUGCCUCGGGAUGGAACACCGUCGAGAGGGAGGGUGUUUCGGUUUCUCAUCCCGCGAAAUUCAUACUGAUCGGUUCCGGAAAUCCCGAAGAAGGCGAGCUGAGGCCUCAGCUUCUCGACCGGUUUGGAAUGCAUGCACAAGUGGGGACCGUGAAGGACGCCGAGCUCAGGGUAAAAGUCGUCGAAGAGAGAUCGAGAUUCGACGAGAACCCUAAAGAAUUCCGGGCAUCUUACGAAGUAGAGCAGGAUAAGAUGAAGCGGCAAAUCACGUUGGCUCGGUAUAAUCUGCUGUCGGUUCGGACGGAUCGAGAUCUAAAGGUGAAGAUCUCGAAGGUAUGUGCCGAACUGAACGUCGACGGGCUGAGAGGAGAUAUAGUGACGAAUAGAGCAGCGAAAGCUCUCGCGGCUCUGAAGGGACGAGACAGAGUGACUCCGGAGGAUAUCGCAACCGUCAUACCGAACUGUCUGAGGCACCGGCUCCGGAAAGAUCCCCUGGAAUCCAUCGAUUCGGGCUUGCUCGUGAUGGAGAAAUUCUACAAAGUCUUCAGUUGAUCGGCUCGUUGGCUCGGCUUUAUGAGGGGGAUUUCGAUACGGAACAUGAUAACUACGGAAGGGCACGGGUCAGCUGUACGAGAUUGUUGGGUUAUACGAAUCUAAACCUGAAUGUGUUCGGUCUCACGAGAUAUUAUCCGAAUUUUUUACCCAGUUUUGGUCGGAUAUCCGCGAGUUUCCGGACACAAUUUUUAAAUACGAAAUUUUGUUUUUUUUUUAAAAAAAAUUUAAAUGUUACAUUGAUUUAGGUCGAAUAUCCUAACAGUUAUGCAAUUAUUGUUCGUACAA